UAAACAGUGCCGUACUCCGGUCGGACCGCUUCAGUCUCAUAGCGAGUGGCAAUCGUGUCGGUUGUUGGCCGGAACUCUGUCGGCUCGUCGUCGCGGUGGUUGUGAUGAGAAGAAUAAGAUUUUUUUGUGGCAGAGAAGGUUCAGUACGAAACGUUCGCGUGGAUUUUAUGAAAUAGGUGAAAUAGGAGCAUCCAAGUUGUGCGUGGAUAGUUCGAGCGGUCACGGGACUCGGACUCGCGCGCUGUUGUUGGUCCGUGAUUAGGGAACAAGUGUGGGGGAGAGCUGAGGAGGAGUGCCGGCUUCUAAUUAUGUGUAGGUCUCUCCGGAGCCUGUCAACAGUGCCAUAAACUGCGCUCGUUUUUGGCGGUGGUUGAUGGUGAUUUAGUGCAAAGAUAAGGCGCAUUCUUUCCGAACGAGGAUUACGAGCGACGUGAACGUGUGGACGAGAGACGUGGAAGCAAGCGCGUUUGACACGUGGAGGUCUUUGAGUGCGGUGUGACGCGUUAGCGUGAAUCGUGGGGCACGUGCUUUUUAUAAGGUGAAAAUCGGAUGGUUUUGCAUUAGCAUUAUAAAGGAGACGCUGUGGCACGACGACGGCGGUCGAGGUGGGAAUUUCCUGAACGGCGAUGUUAGCUCGGAAGGCACCAUAAUUUGAAGGAUGUUAUACAAAUUCGACAUUUCACAGCUUGUUUGAAUGCGCGGUUAGCUUUGGGGGUGUGGUGCAAGGUCAAAAAUAAAAAAAAAACUUGUGAAUGGUUCCCACACGAUAACGAUCCCAUCGAGUUGUGCAUGUCGGAAUAAAUUUAUGGAUUAAUUCCGACAGCUCCCAAGAAGAUGACAUUUUAAUUAAGCCUGUGGUAGGGCUCUGUGCAAGGUCGGUUUCGGGACGACCCACCAGGGACUCAUUCUCGGUGUUCUGCUUCGCCUCACACUCCGGACUACUGCGGCUGGGCAGAGGAAGCGACCGAGUUUUGGCCAAAGGGCAUCAACAGGACGAAGCAAAAGCAAAGGAAAGCCGCUCAUUUUUCUUCCUCAACGUCGACGUCCUGCCAACGAAAUGGUGUAGAACGACGUCCGACACGUGCAGCUUAAGUGAGUGGAAAAACGUUUUGGCUCGGGUAGAUCACUGGAAUCCAUCUUCGCCAAAAAUAGAAAAAAAAACGGAACUUGACUGAGUGAGGCCGAUAAUUGAGUUUCGCGCGAACGAAGGACGAAUUCAGGACGAAAUAUGCGCUCCUCCGACCCCGUUGUUCUUCACACCCUACAAAAGUGCGUUUAUUCAGCAUAUUGCCACUACGGGUGAAGUGAGAAAAACGAUUCCACUCGUCCCGUACUCCAAAAUCAAAAUCAAUUACCAAAUAUUUUUUGAAAAACGAUUCCACAUCAAAACACCCCCACCAUCAAAACACACGGCAAAGCAAAUAAACCACAUUCCAAUCGAGUGCAAGUGAAGUGUGUCAGUCAAAUAAACAUAACCUGCCGAGGCAUCCGUUGUUGGUGGGGAGCAAAAUUGAAUAGCUGUAUAGAAUAAAAAAUAAAGUGAUUUCGAAGGGUGAAAAAGUGCACCGGAAAUUGGUUCUAGUAAUUGAAUUGCUCUACUGCAGGAAAAAUCCAACUUGCUCGUUCACUGUGUCUCUAUGUGCAUGUGAGUGUGUCCGCUGCGGCCCACCCCGUCCAAUGAUGUUUGCAAGUUUGUUUGUGAAAAGUUGAACCACCAAAUUCUACGCUUGACAGAGUGUGCGAUAGAUGUUUUCCCGUUGAAACCCCCUCAGCCAGUCUGUCGGUGCCAUAUAGUGCGUGAUUUAGUGUAGUGAGCCGUCAGACAGAAUUGCGACUAAAUCGAGUGGAAAAUACCUGGGUCUCGGUCUGAUUUAUGAAUAGAGUUGGAUAAUGACAUUCCGGAAUCACAACACAAACAGAUCCCGGAUCCCACUUCAAUCCUAGUUUUUGGAUGUUUGAUUCUCAAGGAAAUGUAUCUCUUGGUGCUGCCGAUUCACAUCCGGAGCUGCCCGGUAAAAUAACACAAAACUGGAAUAAUAAUUAAAUUUCCCGGAGAUCCGGCCCAAGCAUCGUGUGUACCGGUGUGCAGCCUGCACUCAGCUCAUGUGCUGUGGUAUCAUCAUCAUCUCAUCUUCGAGCAGCACCACAACUGAACGAAGAAACGGUAGCUUUCGAUCUGCAUCCGGAGAAGCAUCAGCAGCAGCAACAAUAGCAAAAACAAGGAAAUCCGAUUCGGAACCAAACGGGAGUCCCUUCCGCUGUGGAGCAACGACUUCUACUGAGACGGCGAGGACGACGACGACGACGGAAGCGAAGGAAAGGCUGAAAAUGAGGAAAAAUAUGAGAUCGAUGACGUGUUUCGUGAUAUUUCUGCUAGUUUUCAUCAUGAGUUAUGGAUUAUGCAGCGGGCGACCGGAGCCGUACAUCUCGACCAUGGACAUCGACGCACCGACGGUGGCACCGAAAUUUAUGACCCGGGGCCACCUCUACAAGGCCAUCAUCGGUGACUCGAUCGAGCUGCCGUGCAAAGUGAAAGACCUCGGUUCCUACGUGCUGCUGUGGCGCCGAGGUACGUCGGUUCUGACGGCGGCCAGCCUCAUGGUGACCCGCGACCCACGCUUCAAGCUGGUCGAAGGCUAUAAUCUGCAGAUAGCCAAUGUGAAAAUUCAGGACGCCGGUGAUUACAUUUGCCAGAUCGGCGAUAACGAAAGCCGGGACCAGGUGCACACGCUGGAAAUUCUCGUGCCGCCGACGAUACGAGUGGUGCCUCAGAAUCGACAAAUCACAGCCCGGAAGGGAAGCACGGUGACGCUCGAGUGCAAAGCCUCGGGAAAUCCGGUACCGGCGAUCUACUGGCAUAAAAAGGACUCAUUCGCCGGUGCAUCACAUCUGUCGGAAAGUCCGACACUGCUGCUGGAACGUGUCGAUCGGCACCACGCCGGAAUUUACCAGUGCACAGCGGACAACGGCGUCCGGGAGGCAGUGCACGCCGAUAUCGAUGUAACGGUGCUGUCCCCUCCGGAUAUAACCGUGGAAAAAACGUGGGUGCAUGCGAGUGAAGGAUUCGACAUCGAUUUAGUGUGCACGGUGCAUGGUGAUGUCAACUCGGAGAUGCUGUGGUACCAGAAUUCGUUCCUCCUGGAUCCCAACGACCGCCGGGCCAUGUUCUCCAAGGGUGACAAAUACACGCUGAACAUUCGAAACUUUCAGCAGUCCGACUUUGGCAACUACAGUUGCGUAGCGGACAAUGCCCUCGGUCGGACGAAAAAGUACAUCGAGGUGUCGGGUCGGCCCGGACCGGCCAACUUCCUCUCGCCCGCCUACAGUUCCCACCUCGAUCGGUACAAUCUGACGUACACGAUCGAAUCGAUACCACCGCUGGACGAGAUAAAACUCCUGUACCGGAAGCUAAUGAUGAACGAAACAUAUCAACAUCCGGGCAGCUGGGAGGACACGAUUUUAGUGCCAACAUUAACCCGCUCCGAUCCGACGCACUUUAUUAUGUCACAUGUGAUAAAAGGAUUAUCGCCCGGCGCGGUCUACGAGGUGAUGAUCCAGGCACGGAACAACCACGGCUGGAAUGAGAUCAGCGACAUCCAUCAGUUCUACACGCGCAACUACGACCUGCGGAUGGACGAGAUGGAAUUCGUGAUGAGUUCGAUCUCCAACAGCGGCGCCGUCCGGGUGCUGCCAGCUGCGUGGGGCGGACCAACGGCGGUCAUAAUUAAUUUACUCGCAAUUAUCGUUGCCGCUGGAGUUGGAGUCGGAGCCGGUGCCGCUGGCCGCGGCAGAGCGCUGCUGAUGGCUCAUUAAUUAUUAAGCCGAUGAUCCGCCAGAACGCGCGCGCCCAACCUAAGCCGGAAAUCGCCACGCCAGCCAGCCGUGAUCAUCUUGUUCCUGUUGUUGGUGGUGGGUAAGACCGCGCACAGAGCCGCGGGCAAUUUGCGCUGGCGGAUGAGGGAUACCGCCGCCGCCGGCGGGCUUUUGUCUGAUAGUGGUAAGUCGGCGGUCGGCGACGACGGGCAUUUGUAAAUUGGAUAGUGAUAUAGGAUUUUUGUACUAUUGGUUCUCUCUAAGCGCAAAACCGAAACGAGAGCCGUGUAGCUUUACGAUGAAAUAUGAUAACUAGUGAAAACAAGUGAUAACUGAACUGAGAAUCUCGUAAGUAGUUUCUAGAGACAGAAUGUGUACGCUACUAGCCGUAAGUAUCAGUACGUAGUGGUAAAGUAGCGAAUGAAAAGAAACAAAUGUCAAAUCAAAGUGAAUUAGUUUUGGAAAAGUGGCGGAAAUAUGUCGAUAUUGAGAUGACUCUUGUGAUGCUGGAUGGUAAUUAAAUCACUGAAAUGCCUGUUACUAUAUCUAUUUUCGAUAAAAUUUAAUGAAAAACUUGUCAAAUGCUGAGUUUUUCUAUAUAAAAAGAAAUUUCAAUCAUUCAUGAUACAAAUUAUGGAGCAGGAGCACGACUCAUUAAAAUCUAUCAACUAAUAGUUUGGAAAUUUUCCUUAGGGAUUUUAUUAGUUUCUAACAGGGAUUAAUUUGGAUAUUUCACACGUAAUUUCUUUAAAAUGUCUAUAAAUAUUAUUAAUGAAAAUCUAGCGUUGAUAGCUUCUAAAAUUCUUUGAAAAAUUUCUCCAGAAAAUUCUCGAAGGGGGAGGUUUUGGUGUCCCCCCCCCCUUUACACCAGUUUCAUGUAAGAAAUAUAUACUAGGUGCCCCUCCAAUUUUUAAAGAAAAUGCCAAAAACCCCUCCCUUAAUGCCUUUCUGUGUACGACCCUGAAUUAUGCAGCUUAUAUCUUUAGAAAUUCGUCCGAAACUUCUUCAGGUAUUUUUUAGAAAUUCCUCUAGCGAUUCGUUUAAAAAAUCUUCCAUUGACUUUUUUAGUAAUUCGGCCAAGAAUUACCUCGGAACCUUUUCUAAGGAAUCCUUCGAGAAUUCAUAAAUUGACCAAAAAAUUCUUAAAAGUUUUCUAGAGAUUACUCCAGAAAUCAAUUUAUGAACUUUUUUAUAAAACUUUCCAACAUUUUUUAAACUUCGUUAGAAUAUCUUCCAUGAAUUGCUCCACGAUGACCUCUAGAUUUUUCUUCAGAUUUUUCGUUUGAGGAUCCUUCAGAAAUGUCUCCAAAAGUUCCUCUAGAAAAGCUGCAAAGGGUUUCCUAAAAAAAUCCUUCAAUUUUUUUUUUCAGGAAUUCGUACGAAAACUCAGAAAUUAUUACAAAGAUUCCUUCAGAUUUUUUUCAAUGGAUUCUUUUCAAAAUUUCCCAAAGUCUCCAUCAAAAAAUCUAAUGGGAUUUCUCCAUCAAUUUAUCCAAGAAUUUCAAGUUCAAGGGAACUUUCAACAGAUUUCUUCCAAAACUUAUCCAAACUUAUCAAAAUUUUCUUCAAGAAUUUGACAUUAUAGCCUUUUAGAAGCUUCUUGGGCGUUUUAUUUUUCAGAAACUUUCUUAUUGAUUCUUUUAGAUAUAUCUUCUUGACUUCCUUCAGAUUCACCCUCAUGAAUUCAUCCAUUAAUUCUUUUAUGUUAAUUUAUAAAGGUUUUUUCAGAACCUUCACCACUAAUUACUUUAUAAAUUCUUCUAGGUAUUCAUUUAAAUAAUUCAUCAGAAAUUUCUUCAGGGAUUUUUUCACUAUUUUCUACAAAAUCCUUUAAAAAUUCUUUCAAAUACUCUUUCAUAAGUACUUUCAGUGGUUUCUUCAAAAAAUUUCCAAAGAUUUCUUUAAAAAAAUCGUUUAGUUAUUUCUUCAGAAUGUAUUGUUCAAAAUUUGCUCUAGGGAAUCCAUUGAAAUCCCCACAUGAAUGCAUGCAGGAAUUCCUCCAGAGAAACCUGCAGGAGUUUAUACACAGAUUCCUUAAGGAUUUAUUCCAGAUAUUCCUCCAAUACUUCCAGAAAAACUAACAAGAACUUAAUUAAAAGAUUUCUCUAGGGAUUGUCCAAUGAUUUUCCCUACAUUUUUUUUUCAAGGAUUUUCAGCAAGGGAUUUCCGAGUAAAUUUCUCCAGACAUUUCUCCAGGAAAUUCUUUAAAAAAUCCCCCAAGAUUACUUAAGGAAUUCUUUAGAAUUUUUUUUAGAUAUUCUUCCAAAGAUUCAUUUAAAAGUAUUUGCUACGAUUUCUACAAGGAUUCUAAUGAAGAUUUCAACAGAAAUUCCGAGCUCCUGUUAGGAUUUCUACUAAAAUUUCUUCAAGGAGAUAUUAUUUACAGAGACUUCCUCCAGAAUUUUAGGGAUUCAUUCGAAAGUUCUUCCAUGUAUUUUUUUUCAGAAAUUCAUUCAAAGUUUUCUGUACAAGUACUUCGCAAAUUCUUUGAGCAAAUUCGUUGAGAAAUUCUUCCAGCGAUAACUGUAGGAAUUCCUACAAUGAUUUUUUUAGAACUUGCUACUGUACUUCCAUCAAAAUUAUCUCCUGAGAUGUCUUUAGAGAUCCCUGCAGUUUUUUUUUAGAAAUUUUCCAGGGAUUUUUUAGAAGUUUUUCCAGAGAUUUCACAAAAAUCUCUAAAAAAAAUGUUUAAGGAAUCCGUGAAGGAAUUCAAAAACUCCUAGAGAUAUUUUUUUAAACUUUUAGAAGAAAUUCCAGAAAAAAAUUCUGGAAAAAAUCAUGAAGUAAUUUUUGAAGUUAUCUCUGGACCAACUGCUGCAUGAAUGCCUAGAAUAAUAUCUUGGAGUAUACCAGAUGAAACACUUCACGAUACCAUCUCAAUGCUCGGGAAAUCGCCACUUCUGGAGAAACUCUGCAAAUAAUUCCAAGGAGAAAAUACUUGAAAAGUUUAUAGAGCGAUUCUGAAAAAAAAAAGUCUGAAUAAACCCAAAAUAAUGCUUGGAGGAAUACCUGGAGAAACCAUUGCAGAAACUACUGGAGGAAAUUCCAGAAGAAUUUGUAGAGAAUUUUCUUGAGUAAUUUCCAAACAAAAGCCUGAAAAAAUAUAUGAAUAAAUAUUUUCCGGAAAGAUCACUGUAGAAAAUCAACCUAUAAUUUCUGAAAAAAAAAAAUCAAGAAAAAGAUCUGAAUUUCUACAGUUAACUUCUAGAGAAAUUUCUGAACAAAAACCCUAAAUUUUAGAGAAAAGUUUCUCCUAGAAUUUCAUAUUUUCGUUCAAGAGCAAGUCAUGGCAAAACUCCUAAAAAAAUUUCUAGAAAAACUUCUCACGUACUUAAAAAAAAAAUCGGCAAAUCAUAAAAAAGUCUUGUUAAAAAUUCUUACAAUACUUUUGGGGGAAUUCCAUAAGAAAUGAAUGUAGAAAUACAAGAAAUACUAGCAUGGAUGCGACAAGGAUGACAAGGAUGCGACCUGAAGGAAUAGCAGUGGGCAUUUCCUAAAAUAAUUCUAAAAAAUCCUGCAAAAAUCUUCUUUUUCUAAGCCUUUCAGAAAAAAUUUUGAUAAAUCCUGAAAUAAUCCUUAAAAAAAUUUCUGGUGUCGUCCCUGGAGGUAACUCUGCAGAUUUUUUUUUUUCAUUUUAAAGAGCACUCUUGAACUUGAUAGACUCAUAAAAGGAAUUCCACCAAGAAUGUUCCUUCCACGAAAAUUGCAGACAAAUUUCGUGAAACAGUAAUACAUGGAGGCAAGCAUCACCAACGUCCACUGCCGAUAUGAAAUGAGACCUGGUGACGAGAAAGAAGCGUUCUACGCGCAGUUAGGGCAAACAUACGAUGAUUGCUCGCCGUGUGACGUGAAAGUUGUUGAUGGCGACAUGAACGCACAGGUAGGAAGGGAGGAAAUGAACAUACCAGUAAUCGGGCGAAACAGCCUGCAUGCUGUAUCGAAUGACAACGGCUAGCGAUGUGUGAACUUUGCAGCCUCCCGUGGUAUGGUAGUCCGAAACACCUUCUUACCCCGCAAAGAUAUCCACAAAGCCACCUGGAGAUCACCUGACCAUCAAAUAGAAAGCCAAAUCGACCACGUUCUAAUCAACGGUAAAAUCUUCUCGGAUAUAACCAAUGUACGCACAUACAUCCGAUUCGCCAUAGGUAGUACGACGGUGAAUGCGAACCGUUGAAAGAACGAGAAGAAUGCAGCAUGGGCGAGAAUGCUGCAACACCGUACGAGAGCUAAUGAGGCACGUGACAGAUAGGGGCGGAACAGGCAGAACUCAGUCUUCCGGAUGAAGAAGCUCCAGCAGGAAGAACAAGAUCGCGAAGCGAUGGAAGAGCUGUACCGCACUAAGGACACACGAAAGUUCUACGAGAAGCUGAACCGCUCGCGCAGAGGCUUUGUGCCACAAGCCGACAUGUGCCUUGAUAAUCACGGGAAUAUUGUCACGAGCGAACAUGAGGUGGUCGAGAGUGGCGGCAGCAUUACGAUGAGCACCUCAAUGGCGACGUUGCAAGCACCGGGGGUGGCGUGGUAACAGAUCUAGGAGUACGUGCGCAGGACGAAAGAUUUCCAGUACCUAACCUCCAAGAGAUUGAGGGGGAAGUUAGCCGGUUGAAAAACAACAAAGUCGCUGUAAUAGAUCAACUACCAAGCGAGUUAAUAAAAUAUGGUAAAGAAGCACUGGUGAUAGCACUACACUGGGUCAUUAUCAAGAUUUGGGAGGAGGAAGUAUUACCGGAGGGGUGGCUGGAAGGUAUCGUGUGUCCCAUCUACAAAAAUUUGGAUUGCGGAAAUUAUCGCGUGAUGACGCUACUGAGCACUGCCUACAAGAUACUCUCUCAAAUUUUAUGCCGCCGUCUAUCGCCGAUUGCAAGAGAGUUCGUGGGGCAAUAUCAGGCUGGAUUUAUGGGUGAACGCGCUACAACGGACCAGAUGUUCGCCAUCCGCCAGGUGUUGCAGAAAUGCCGCGAAUACAACGUGCCCACACAUCACUUGUUCAUCGAUUUCAAAUCGGCGUAUGAUACAAUCGAUCGUGAACAGCUAUGGCAGAUUAUGCACGAAUACGGAUUCCCGGAUAAACUGAUACGAUUGAUCAAGGCGACGAUGGAUCGAGUGAUGUGCGUAGUUCGAGUAUCAGGGACACUCUCGAGUCCCUUCGAAUCUCGCAGAGGGUUACGGCAAGGUGAUGGUCUUUUGUGUUUGCUGUUCAACAUUGCUUUAGAGGGUGUAAUUAAAACAGCGGAACGAUUUUCACGAAGUUGGUAUCCGUAAGAAGUUUCCUUUCCGUUGAUGAGUAAUUGAACAGAGCAUGUUCGUGACAAUAGCCAUAGAUCCAUGACCAUUGCAGAAUUUCAGGGAAUACCUUUGAUACAAACUCAAUAAUCUGUGGUCAUUUCACCCCGUAAUAGUAAGCACAACAGCGUGGAAAGUAAUAGUUAUUGGUCUCGGUGACCUAGAAAUGCUUGGGUACAUCAGAAGUGUCAAAAAGUGACGGAUUGAGUAAAAGUUGGCAGGUCCCGUAUGUUAGUACCUGGUAACUGGCAGAAGAGAGAGUCGUACAAGGAAGUGAAAGCAGUAUUAGAAGAGCGGCCUGUAUGGAUGCCUCCUAGGAUCACUUCAGACAUAUUUUCCGGCUUUCCAUUAAAGAUUUCUUCCGAGAUUCCUUAAAUAAUACCUCCCAGGAAUCUUCAUCAGUUUCUUCCGGGAUUAUUUCACAGAUUUUUCCCGAGACUGCGUCAGGGAUUCCUUCAGGGCUCUUCCUGGGCUAUUUCCGGGAUUCCAUCAGGCAUUUUUCGCGGGAUUCAUUCAAUGAUUCCUCCCGGGUUUUUAUUACGUAUUUCUUCUGGGCCUCUAGAGAAUCCUCGAAUGAUUCUAAAUAGAAUCCCCAAAGAAUUCUGUAGAGAACCCUUGAAGGAUUCGGUGAUGUAUCUCUCGUAAAACUAGAGAUAUUCACUCUUCUCAUUAGCUAGGGUGAAGAGGAAAGUGAUCUAAAGAGAUCAGAACCAUAGGUUCACAAUCUCGGACCGAACAAAUCUUAAAAGGAUUCUUUAGAGAAUCCUCAAAAAAUUCUGUCGAAAAUCCUCAUAGGAUUCUUAAAGGAUUCUGUAGAGAAUCCUCAAAAAAUUCUGUAGAGAAUCCUUAAGGCAGGCUAUUUAUUGCACCCAUAAACAUCAUAAAUGCUCCAUAGAAAACCAAAAAGCGCUCCAUAAAGAAUGUGUUUCAUGAAAAUGUGCAAACUUAUCCAUAAAUAAUUGAAAACGUUCCAUAUUUUACAGAAAAUGUACCGGUAAAACAUAUUUUUUUAUUAAAAGUGCAAUUUUGUACCAAUAAAUAAUACUAAAAUGUUCCAAAAUAAAAUGCAAAUGCUUCAUAAAAAAUGAAAUUGUACCCAUAGUAAAUAGAAUAUUUAUCCAUAGAAAAACUAAAUUUCACCAUGAAAAUUUAAAAUUGCACCAUAGAAAAUGGAUGAACGCUCCAUAAGUAAUAGCAAACUACGCCAUAUAAAACAUGGUUUGCUCCAUGAAAAAAUAGAAAUACUCCAUAGAUAGCAUAUUGGCCUAAUUAAAUUCAGCAGUGCUGAAUUGCUUUUCAUUGCACUACAUUAGUGGUGCAGAUGUUUAAAUUAAUGAGCAUUUUCAAUUUUUUAUGGAGCAAACCAUGUUUUAUAUGGGGCAGUUUAAUAGUACUUAUCUAUUUUAUAUGGUGCGUUUUAAUUUUUUUGUGGUGCAAUAUUCAAUUUGCUAUGGGUACAAUUUUAUUUUUCAUGGAGCAUUUGCAUUUUAUUAUGGAACAUUUGUAGUUUAUUAUGAACCAUUUUUGUAUUAUUUAUUGGUACAAAAUUGCACUUGUAAUGAGAAAAUGGUACAUUUUUCAUAAAGUACGGAACUUUUUCAAUUAUUUAUGGGUAACAUUGCACAUUUUCAUGGAACAUAUGUUUAUUCUUUAGGGAGCGAUUUUUGAUUUUCUAUGGAGCAUUUGCAAUCUGUUGGGGGCAAUAUGACCCAGACAGGCACGCUGAACGUGUACUACGCCAUUGUGGUGCGAAUAUCUUGAAAUUCUAGGAGGGUUAAAGGAUUCCAUAGUGAAUUAUCAAAUAAUUCUGUAAAGAAUCCUCAAAGGAUUCUGUUGAGAAUCCUCAAAGAGACGUAGAGAUUCCUGAGAAAAUCUCAUAGGCAUCUCAAGCGGGGUAUCCAUCUGAAGCUUCUCCAGUAAUUCUGUGUCGAUGAUUUCAGGAAUUGCAUCAGGUAUACCUCCAGAUAUUUUUUCUGGGUUUCUUCGAGAGGUUAUUCCGAGAUUUUCCAAAACUUCCUUUCAAAAGCUUCUUCUGGGAUGUUUUUAAGAAUUUUUCCUGUGAUUCUGAGAUUCCUCAUGAAGUUACUGUUCAGAUUCUUCAAUAAAUUUUAUCAACAUGUUCUGUCAGAAAUUCAUUCUUCUUAAAUUCCUUUAAUAGUGCUUCCUGAUAUUUCACAAGUUACUACUUUUGGACUCUUAUAAUGAUCUACAGAAAAAUACACAAAGUCCAGAAAUAACAAAAGAAAAUCCAGAAGCAAGCUCAAAACGAUCUCCUUGAGAAACGUAUUUUUGCCAAAGAGAAUAUUUUUUUUGAAGGAAUCGCACACAAAAUGUGUGAAGAAUUGUAGAAGUAUUCCCCACUAACAUUUUGAUGGCCUUUUAGUCUUGAAGAGGUUUUAAACCCGUUAUACAACCUUAUACUUUUUUAAUCAGCUUUUAAAAUAACGAGUAAAUUGUUGAUAUUGCAUAAAAAUCGAGAGAAAAUUGAUAAUGCAGCAGCAGCAGCCAUUUGAGUGAUUUAGUUUCCACCCAGUACUUUUUAAGCCUAAAGAGUUAAACGACUAAUACCCCUGCCAGCGACACCGUAUCAGAAUUAUGACCCACAAAAGCGGAAAAUGACGCCACGCGACAAUUAUCCAAUAAUCGUAACUAUAAAUAUUUGUACAUACACACACAUCCGGGCCAAAUACGGAAAACUAGUUUUCCCCAUUUGUCCCAUUAGUUGUAGGUAUCUAGUUCUAGUAGGUACUAGAGUAUGGAGCAAAAAAAACUCCUAAAAACAUGCGUCCAUUGAAUCAGCAAAAAUGUUAAACAAGAGCAGUGAAAAAAAAACUAGAUGAUUCAGCUAUUUAUACCUACCAAGUAAAAACAGUAAAUACCGACUAACGCACUACACACUACAACAACUGAGAGAGAUGUGGUUGAUGUUUUUUAGCAGCAGAGCCGUGAAAAAAAAAAAUGUGAUUUAGAUUAUGUCCCCGUUUGUCACCACCCAUGUUCAUCGUGUCCGUCUGUGUGCAUGUUGUUGUUUGCAUCUAGAGAGUAUGUCUGUUCGUCUGUAAUUUUAUUCCCGUCGUCCGUCGUACGUAGGUACUACAAUAAUACAUAUGUGACUGUAUAGAGCCGUAUUAUUGAUUGUUGUGAGGCAGCGAGGAUUUCCACUAAUGCACAUCGGUCCAGCAAGAGCAGCAGCAGCAGCAACCGACAAUUAAUGCAAAAUGGGGAUGGAUUAAUCGUGUUGCUGGUGGGGAUUCCGGAUGUAAAUCACGUGGCCUCGAGGCACAACAGGCAAUAAGCAUUUUUCUCUGCUGCUGGUCCCAGGGAUUAGCUGAUGGAAUAAUUGUGUUUUUACGAGCGAUUAAUUGGAUGUGGGAUGGUUUAGAGUGGGAUUUGUGUUGUUUGGAAAAUGUUUCAAGGUCGUUAAUUUGAAUUCAUGGAGCGCUGCUGGUAGUGCAAUUAAAUCCGAGCAGAUGAAUCAAUACAGCAAUUCUCUUGUUUACCAUUUGGAAUGCUUGAGUCGUUUCACACCCACUGAAAUUUCAGCCGGGUGUACUGCUCUGACAGCGUUCCAAAUGUUUAGGUGAUAUUAUCCAUGCCAUCCACAAAGCACACAAAUCGACCGGAUUUAAUAAAAACUGUACACCGGCUGUUGAGGGCCUGCUCGACGAAGUACAUCAUCCAGAGCGAUGUUGAAGAGUCCGCAUGAGAGACCGCGGGUCUGCUGAUCCCGUUUCUGUUUGUAUCGUUCCACGUUCUGCCAGGUUACAUGCUGCAGUAUUACCGCCCAUGUUGCGUUCUCCUUCAAAAUAGCUCUGCACUCCUCGUCGUUCCGUUUUUUUUUCAACGACUCCGUUAUACGUAGGGUAUUGUACCAUUUCGGCAGGUGUACCUAAUUUGAGCACUUUCCGCUAUAACUAAGUCAAUUUCCAACGGAUUGUUUUGAAUUUUUGUAUAGAGCUAGCACGUGCAGUAUCUUACUCUAUACAAAAACUCAAUUCAAUCGGUUUGAAAUUGACUUAGUUAUAGCGGCAAGUGCCCAAAAUAGUACAAUAGCCUACCAACGGUGCUGUUGGCUGCGUUGUUUAUGGCUGCUUGUGUUUUCUUCUACUAAGGUGAUCUCUCGGUGUAACGAUGAGUGAGGCUCUGUCUUGAAAGAGUCACUCUUUUGAAAAGCGGUGAAAUCGAUGACUCGUAGACUGCUUUCUUUCGUCAGAUGGUGGGUGCUGAACUUUCCAAGUCGGUCUGGAUUCCAUCUCCUUACCGACCUGAGCGUUUAGGUCUCCUGUGAGAAUUUUGACGUCACGGUUUGGGGAGCGGUCGUACUUGCUUUCGAGCUGCGCGUAGAAUGUGUCCUUGUCAUCGUCAGCACUUCCUGAGUGUUGGCUGUGCACGUUGUUUAUGCUGAAGUUGAAGAAUCGUCCCUUGAUCCUCAACCUGCACUUUCUGUCGACGAUCAAAAACCUACCGUGUGUUACCGCAGCCCCGGUAGACGGUAUGGUUACCUCUAAACGUUCUUACCAUGGAUCCUGUCCAACAUAUGUACCUCCUGCAGUGCCACGAUGCCAAAUCCGCGGUUCUUCAGUACAUCGGCGAGAACGCAGGUGCUCCAAUGAAAUUGAGUGAUCUGCAGUUCUACGUACUGGGCUUCCAAUUGCAAGUACAUUUUCAUCGCUGGUAUAGAUGCCAUUAGUCUCGGAUCGUAUUAUUCUGUUCCUAACUUUCUGGACAGCCAUAGUAUCUCGUUUUCAAUUAAUCUUCGAUUAGCCGAUUUAUUUCAAGCGGAUUUCUACUAGAAAUUUUCCUAGGGAUCUAACACAAGUGUUUUUGAAAAUUUUCUUAAAACUUUUUAAAGAUUUUUUUUUUAAUGUACACCAUUAGUUUUGAAAGAUCUUUUUUUUGUUUAAUUCUCAAACGUUGGCCACUUCUCCAACCUAUUCUCAUUCAGAAACAAGGCUUUUGUUGAGAAUUUUAAAGCUGUUUGUUAUAAAUUCCAUGAUAUGAUUUUUUUUUUCCUCGGAGAUCCUCCAGGAAUCUUUCUAUAAAUACCUUCGAAAAUUUCUGCAAUGGGAGUUCGCCAGGCAAUUCUAGAGUUCUGGAGUUCGAGAGUUUCCUCGAGAAGUUCCUUCAGGAACUAUGCUGCCGUGAAUCGCAAGUCAGUCCCAUCUGCAUUUUGGGCAAAAAUGAGUUAAUGGCCGUUUUCGGUCUUUCUUCGGAUGAUCUUUCAGCUGGAUGAAUAAAAAUAUAUAGUUUGUUCAGUAAAAUUGAAAAACAACACCAAGUCAGAUUGUCCCAUAAUGAAAAGUAAAAGUCAGUCCCAUUACGAACUAGUGUACCCUCCGGUACAAAACCUAACAUUGUUUUAGCCAGUUUAAUAUUUUUCACUGAUACGUUUUCAUGUUUGAAGCAAUGUGUGAAAGUUUCAUGAUGACCGCGUAAGUUUUUAUUUCAUGACGAUUUUUUGAAGUUUCACAUAGAAAUCGAAUUUGAAAAGUACAGAGUCCAUUUUCUCAAUGCCUACUUUUUACAGAUGGGACUGACUUGCGAUUCACGGCAGUAUGCUAGUGUUAAAUGUGUCUGGUGGUCUUGGUGAGGGUUCAAAUAGAAUUUCAUGUGGGCUUUUCAAUGAUUUGAAUCUAGGAAUCAUUCUGAAGUUCUUCGACUAAUCGCUCUGGAUUUUUUUUUUGAGUUCCUCCAGAAAUACUUUCAGAAGCUCCCACAAGACGAUUUUUCCAAGGACUGCCUUUAAGUAGUUCUUCAAGUGGAAGCAUUUUCAUAAGUUUCUUCAGAAAGUACCAUCGUUCUUGCAGGAGUUUUCCUAACUGGUCCUCUAAAAGCUGUCAAGAACUUUCUCCAAGGGUUUGUUUGAGAGUCCUCGAAUGGCUCAUUCUGGAGUUUCUCCAAGAACUUGUUCACAAAGAGAUGUUGCAAUUCCUUUUAAGUAAGUGAAAAUAUUUCCUACAAUUUUUUUUUGUGGAAUUUCUUAAACUUUCCAGAAAUUUUAACAGGACUCCAUCAGGUAUCAAUUCAGACUACUUUCAAGAAUUUCCUUAAGAAGUUUAAUAAGAAAUCCUCAAUGUAUUCCUAAACUUCUUUAAAGAAUUUUUUCUGUUCCUCUUCGAAUUUCUUAUAGUUAUUUAUAUAACGAGUUGCAAAAAGUAGAUUUUUUUCAGCACGAGUCGUACAUACGAAGAGUGCUUAAAAAAUCGAGUUUUGCAACGAGUUCCAUACAAAAUUUUAUGCAAUCAUUUGAGUUGCAUAAUAUUCAUAAUGCAACUCAAAUGAGUUGCAUUAUGAACAUUAUACAACUAUUUUUCAUUAUGCAACUAAUUUCAGUUGCAUAAUGAACCAAUUCGGAAAAAUGGCCAUAAUGAUACUGAAAUGAGUUAUAUAAAUUUGAAAUUAUGAUACUGAAUUGCAUAAAAUAGUUUUGUGCCAAUUCUAUCCAGCAUAUAUUUUAAAAUUCAUUCGUGAGUUAAACUAGAAGCUGCUUUAGAAGUUCUUUUUCAAAAUCGUCCAUAACCUUUUGUUGGAAUUGCUUGAGAGUUUCCAUCGGCAUUUUUUCCAAAAAUCUCCGUUAAUUUUUUUUUAUUCAGUAGUUUCUACAGGUAUGUAUUUAGGAGUUCUUACAGCAAUUGUGGCAGUAGUUCGUAAACAAGCUCCUCAAAAAGCUCGUCUAUAAAUUCUUUCAAGAAUGGUUAUCGGAAUUCCUUCUGAAGUGUUUUUUCAAUUCAUUCAAGAUUACUUUCUGAAAUUCUACCAAGAAGUAAUUUAUGUUUAUAAACUCCUGAUAUAAUUUAAACAAAAUAAACCACUCCUGAAGAAUUUUCAUGAAUCUCCUGAGGAAACUCAUAGACGAAUACAUUAACUCUUUGAGGAAUUCCCGAAGAAACUCUGAAGCAAGAAAAAUGUCUGAACUCCUCGAGUAAUCUUCAACAAUUCCUAGAAUAAUUCCUGGAGAAUUUCCCUUAUCAAUUCUGGAAAGAACUUCUAGUGAGUUUCUUGUUGUAACUGCUGAAGGAAUUCCUGAGGAAACUUCAAAAUAAACUCUUUUUUUUAUAUCUGUAUGAACGAGAUUUUUAGCCCUAGGCUAGUUCAUUUCGGGACCCAUGCUUUACUUCCCUUCCGAAGGAUGAGAUCUUCCGAGUUUGUCGGGAGUGGGAUUCGAUCCCAAUAAACUCUUUGAAAAAAAUCCUUUGUAAAUUUGGAAGGAACUGUUCCUACCUGAUCAGAAAACAGAGCGUUAAUGAUUAAUCAUAAAUUUAAUCAUGAUUAAUGCUUAAUGAUUAAGAUUAAUCAAAAUUAAUCAUAAUCAUAAAAAAAAUCUCAUUUAAUCAUUAAUCAUUAAUCUUAAUCACACUGUUUUGGCAAUCUAAUCAUUAAUCAGUAAUCAUAAUCAUAAGAAAAAAUAUUAAUCAAUCAUUAAUCAUUCAUCAUCGAAAAUGAUUUAUCAUAUAAAAUAUAUGAUCCAAUUUUUUCUGUUCUGAAUAAUAUAAUUUAUGAUUCUUUUUUUCAAAAAUCUCCCGGACAGAGUUACCUUUUACUUUUGAAACUUCAAAGGCAUGUUAAAAUACAAAUAAAUUUUAAUCAUUUCCAGUUUUUUGUGAUUGAUUAAUCAUGAUUAAUCAUGAUUUUUAAUCAAUGAGCCAUUUUUAAUCAUUAAUCAUAAUCAAUAAUCACAGAUAAAACCAAUUUUAAUCAUUAAUCAUAAUCUUUAAUCAUCCUAAAAAUCUAAUUAAUCAUCAAUCAUAAUCAAUAAUCACCAAAAUUGGAAUUUUAAUCAUCAAUGAUUAAUCAUGAUUAAAUUUUUUGUUAAUCAUGAACGCUCUGGCAGAAAAUACUGGAGCGCUCAUUGAAAGGAAUUUCUGGAAAAAUAUCCACAAGUACUCCUGGAGACAUUCCUGCAUAAUUACUUGAUUAAUCUUUGAAGGUGUUCCUGUUGAAAUUUGUAAAAAAAACGCUUCUUUAGGAGUUCCUGCGAGAAAUCUAGGAUCUACUUAUGGAACAAUUUCUAGAGGAAAUUCUAAAACAAUUGCUUUUGAAACUCCUACAGAAAUUACUGAAGGAGCUCCUAGAGGAAUGCCUGAAAGAAUUGCUCGCGAAUUUCCUGGAGAAAUCGCUAAAAAUAUUCUUAAGAAAAUCCCUAAAAGAAAAAAAAUCUUAAACAACUCUCUGAGCAACUUCUGAUGGAAUUCUUGGUGUAAUUUAUUACUGUUACAAAACUCGUAGUGUGACUUCUGGUGGAAUACUUGUAGAAUUCCUGGAGGUACUUUUUAGUAUAUUCAUGGAGGAAUUUAAUAAAUUUCCUCAUAAUAACAGUCUCUAACAUAUUUGUAGCUGUUUGAAAAAAGUGCCUUUUCGUAUUUUUUUUCUUUAAUUGCGAUGUUAAGACGUUGAGUUUUUUCCUAAAAGUUCUUCUUGUGUCAAUUGCGUGUCAACGGAAUGCAGAAGAAAAUAUUAAAAGAAGAUCAAAUUUUGCAAUUAAAAAUGAAUAGCAGAAUGACAAAAUUUGUUAUUGGCUUGUUGGGAAUAAGAGCUAGAAGAACACAAAUAAUAACGGACUUUGUACCGGAAAAUAACUCAAUAAUAACAAAUUUUAUCAUUAGUCAAUAUUUUAUAUUAAAAAAGUUUGUCCUUUAUUUGUUAUUUUUAAAUGUUGAAUAACUGAAUCAGUUAUUAUCGAGUUAUUGAGAACAAAGUAAGUACAAAAUAAGUUAUUGAUUAAAAAAAGACCAUCACAAUUGUAAAUAUUAGGGGUACUCACCAAACAGAUUAAAAUGCUGUGUAAGCCAUGAUUUUCUGUUUAUUUGAAAUGUUUCAUGAUUUUGUGGAUGAAAUAAUCAAAGAUUGCCUUGGUGAUCGCGACGUUUAAUCAGUUUAAUCGGUUUACGCUGUUUAGUGAAUCCCCCUAUUGUUCUUAUGCUUGGAAAAAUUGUUUUCUAAGUACAGAAAUGCUUUGUCCUUGGUUUGAUCUUAUAAUAACAAAAUUAAUUCAUAUUUACUUAUUUUCUGGAACAAAGUCAGUUAUUAUUUUAGUACUUUAAAUUUAUUUUACCAACAAGCCAAUAAAAAAGUUGUUCUUCAUCAACAUUCCAAUUUCAAAAUGUAAUUGAAUCUUCUCGUGUUAUUGUCUCUGACAAAACGAAAAAUAAACUCAUCAAUAACAAAACAAAGUUAUGAUUGCAAAAUAUGCCAUUGGGAUGUUAUUUUACUUGGAAUGUCCAUAAGAAUUUAUUUUCUAUGAUUGCAUAUUUUGGUAUUUCAUAAAUAUUCAGUUAUUUAUUGUUAUUCAAUAAUAACUUACCCGAGCAGAGGAGAAUAUCAAAUUCAUAACAACAGAAUCACAUAGCCUGUUUUUAUAUCAUAAUUUGUUAUUAUAAACUUAUCAAAGUAUUACUUUUUUAUAACAUGUUUUAUUGGGCAAUCUUAUUUUGUUAUAAUUAAGUUAUUGAAAGUCAUCCACUAAAUAACAUUUCAAUAACAUACUUUGAUGUAGACCAAGUUUUGUUAUUAUUCUACUAUUGAAAAUGUACAAAUAUGCCCGAGCAGAAGAGAAUAUCAAAAUCAUAACAACUGAAUCACAAAACCUGUUUUUAUAUCUUGGUUUGUUAUUAUUAACUUAUUGAGGCAUCAUUUUUCCAUUUUUGUUGGGCAAUCUGAUUUCGUUAUGAUCCUGCUAUUGGUAUAUUUUCUUUAAAGAACAUUUUAAUAAGAUGUUUUGUUGUAGAACAAGUUCUGUUAUUUUUAUAUUAUUGAGAGUGUACCAUUAUUGAUCAUCAAUAGCACAACAAUAAAGUUUUGCAAUCACAACUACACCAUGCGAGAUUUACAGCAAAAGAAAUGAAAAAGUUAACAUUUGCUGAUUUCCAUACAAAAAGCCAUGCUUGGAGUCUAUAAGCCAUAUCUUAGGUGUCUAUGAAUCGGUUAAGCUGUACUUUUGACACUAAACUAAGAAUUACUUGUAAUUUUAUUUCUAUUUAGUUCGAUCCAUUUCAGUGGGAAAACAUAUAGAAACGGUUCUAUUUUGGAAAUAAAAAAGUGAACAACCAUGAUCCACCAUAACCCAGAAACAAAAUUAAUUUUAAGGCCGUUUGGACCAGGAAGCCUGGAAAGGUGCCAUUAUUUUUGAAUGACUGGCUUAUGUGUAAUAGUGGGUUAUGGCCUUAGUCAUGGCUGUUUAUUACUUUUUAUUUUCCAACAGAAAUUCAUUUUUUUUCCUCUUAAAUGGCUCGAACUUAGGGGUUACAUACCUACCUUGCGAGAAUAAAAAAAAUCUUUGUUAUGAUUCUGAUAUUAUAACUCACUUUGCAUCCAUAUUGUUAUCAAUAACUUUUUAAUAUCAAAAUUAGUUAUUGAAACAUUGUAUAAAUUCAUUGUUAUUAAGUUGUUAUGAAACUAACAAAACCUGUUAUUUAACUGUUCUUUUAGGAACAUUUUUUUGUUAUUAUUUUUGUUAUUUUGCCGCUUAUAACAGACAAGUUUAUAACACGGUAUGUUAUGUCAAUAACAUGAAAAUAACUCUUUGCGUUACUCAGUUAUUUUUCCAAAAUAACACAUUUUAUUAUAUUGCUGGUAUAACCUUCUGCUCGGGUGUAAUGAACUAUAACAUAACAAUAACAAGUUUUAAAAUUCACUGCAAGAUUCAUUGUUAUUAAGUUGUUAUUGAAUCUAACAAAACUUGUUUUUAAAUUGAUCUUCCAGGAACAUUUUUUUGUUAUGAUUUUUGUUAUUUUGCCGCUUAUGACACACAUGUUUAUAACAUAAUAAGAUAUGUUAAUAAUAUACAAAAUUCUGAUUUCAUUAUACAGUUAUUUAUUACGCUAAAAUAACACAUUUGAUUAUGAUGUUGAUACUCUCUUCUGGGGCAGAAAUAACGUUUUCUUUUUGCAAUUUCUGACUUAAAGUUUUACGCGAGAAAUCCGUGUUUGGAAACAUAAGAUUGUGAAUACUAAUUUAAAGCUUCACGAAAAUUGUAAGCAUUUCUCACCAGCAAUGAUUGCCAACUGAGGAUUAGUUUGCUUCGUACUCGGUAAAUUAUUAACGGAAAACAAAAAGCAUCGUAAGAACUUUUUACUUUCCAACCCAUUUUCAUCCACGCGAAGUACCCGCCCAAGAAGGAUCAAAGUUCUAUCGGUUUCUUAAAAUCCGAUAACAACCCCGCAGCUAAUGGAUGUUUCGAAGGCUUAGAUCCACAAUGUAUGUAGGUGGGUGGGUACUUUUUUUCCCCUUGGGGUCAUGAAUACAAUACCAGCGGAACCAAAAGCCAUAAGACAAAACUCUUUCGCAAAGCUCUUUCGAACCGCUCUCCCAAGGAGCUUCGGAACAACUUUUACACCUUUCCCGGUGAAAUUCGGGAUCCAUUUGGCCCGGACCUAGUAUCCUCAAUCCGGAAAGCCGCCCGCGUCCCCAAAGUGCCGAGAGUUGGAAAGUUUUGUCCCUUUGCAAGCAAUCUUACCCGGUAACGAUCUCCUUAACCUUUCCACCUGACGUUCGUCGUGUCGUCGUCGUCGUCGAAGACGACGAGGUCGUAACUGGUAAACUAUUAUGGAUUUCCCCUAGCGGGGUGGUCGUGGUAGGAAGGAAAACCAGAUAGCGUAGGAAAAGCGGAAGGCCACAACAUGUGGCUAUCCUCGCUGGUUGUUGGUGCUUUUGCAGAAAAGAAGUUGAAACUUUCACUUGCAAGUUGGUCGAAGUGGGGGAAAUCGGUUCGAGAGGGAGUGGUGGGGUGAAACGGAUCACUGAGAAAGAGCUUACGGCUCAGCUAAGUAUUUUAUGGGCACUCAACUGAUAGCUCUUUCCGCCAAUUGACCUUCCCACAUACGUACAUCCCGUGGUAGGCACAGAGAUACUCUCUACCUAAGGAAGUUGGAGGAACAUGCAUUUUGAAAAGAUUCGAGACCGCCCGGGAAUCGAACUAACAUCUCUCAGUAUGAAUAUCUGCGCGUUUUCCGCCUCGACUGUAUGAACCAUUACCCUAGUUAUCUAUAAUAGUGUAUGCAACUCUUGUUUGACCAAAUUAACAGUUACCUAAACUCAUCUAGGAUAUGUGCGUUACUUGAGUCAUGCCAUCAUAAAAAAUCUCAGGUCUGUUAAAUGUUCAGUGAAAUUGUCAGGUAAAUUGGGACAGAGCUUCUGAUUUCAGCCCUUUGCUAAAUAAUGUACCAAUACAUACAUACCUUACUUUGUCCAACCCCGUAAAUCGAAGACGCAUUUAACCAUGUUCUCCCUUACAUGACUCCGUUCCUUGGUUGCUGCUCGCUGUUCCUCCUGUUGUGUGUGUACUUGCGGAAAUCUGUUCAACUCGCAAGUAGAGCCUCCCUUCCACCCAGCAGGGGAAGAUAACCGAUAAACUGGGAGGGGUCGCCCGCCAUUGCCGGCCGUUAUGGCCGCCGGAUUGAAGCAGAGAGCUACUGUUGCCGCUGCUCCUGCUGCUGCGUGGUAAGUAGUUUUACAACAACAAUCCGUGAAGCGAUCGUUUGAUAAAUAUUUGAUUAAAAUAAAGUGCCUUAUGGAUCAUUUACCCCCUCGUUUUCGUUUGUGGACUCCUGUCGUGUGCUCGCGCUCCCCGAUAGCCCAUUUCCGUCUUGGUCAGGUGGAAGCAGUCAGUAGAAAACAGUACUUGGAAGCAAUGUGUACAUAAAUGUUGGGGGAUUACGGUGAAAAAGAUGCGGCUCACAUCUAGGAGGUAAGACGAGCAAAAGUUAAAAGCGGCAAAUCUGUGCGGUGUUAGGAUAGUGAGUACUAGAAAAGCGUACACUUAGGGGAGUUCUUUUUAGGAUGUCAAAUCGAUCGACUUGAUUCAGAAAAGUAUGUUAAAAUGUAUAAGUAGUGAAGUACGGAUAAUAUUCUAGGAUAAAUAAGUAAAUUUAAUGUAAUGAACUUUCACACGAAGCUCGACACAUGACUUUCGGAAGUACGAGACUCUUUUAUACGCACAACUUUGGAUUUAGAAAUCUGAGGUAUCCAUCAGCAAGAGUUUUUAUUGUUUUCUUCAUAUUUCCCUAAUUUAGAUUCCUUUUCAUAACUCGAUAUUUUUUUAGUUAUAUUUUUUUAUUGUUUUAACGACCCUUUAACUAUAAAAGUCAUUCAGGUCGGUUUUAGUUAUAUUAAAAAAUGCUUUUCAUAUUAUUUCCAUGAUUAUUGCUUCGAUGUAGAAUGUAUAACCUACUACUGGAAGGUAGAAGUAGCCAGUUUUAGAUUUCGAUCGUUACGAAAUGUAACUUUCAUUAAAAUGGCUUUCAGUUUUGGUCAAGUUUUAUUAAUGGCACAAAUUUCCCAAAUGGAGAAGAACGUGCUUCGGGAGCCGACCUACUGAUACCUGAAGUUUUAUGUUUGCCACGUUCACGCUGCAGCAUUACCGUCCGCUUUAGGUUCUUUUCAUGCAAAACCUCUCAACGAACCGAUCAUUCCGUGGACAUCGUAUUACGUACCAGACAGAGCUCUCGGCUGCAUUGUAAUCCUCAAGAGAGUCAUCUUCGAACUUGCCUCUUGUCUACAACGCUGCCUCGAGAUUCGGCGUGCAUGAAACGGCAAAAUCAGGCUGCUUCAGUCUUUCUAGGUAAUACCGUACAUUGUGAAUGACGCAAUAUUUUGUAGUCGAUCCGUAGAUCAAUAAUGACCCUUACCCAAGUCGCACCAUCGAGGUUGGUUGCGUAGCCUUCCAGCAGCAAGCAUUACGACAGGUUAACCUGACAGUAUUUUAGGAGGACACCGUUAAGGUUCUGGCAAAUUGCCGGCUUCCCGGAUUGCCUCAACCUUCCCUUUGUACUCGUAAGGCGAGGCAGGGUCGACACCACGCCUGAUUUCCUCUGCACCGAAAGUUGACCUUCUGUAGUUGAGGGCCUAUCAGCAUAGAACACAGAGGGACUUGCCGACAAGGUCCCUCCACCUGCCCAGGACCUUGCCGGGGAUUCUUUUCCAUCCACGGGCACGGAUCCAACCCAGCAGACCGACGCCACGACCGUGACAAUACCUUGCGUAGCCGACACCGAAUUGAACCACCUCUUGUUUAGUGUCUGAACUAGCCACUCCUCGAGUCUACGCGCCACCUCAUCUGUAGCUCCCAGCCGAUUUGGGCGAUAGUCGAUGAAACGGUAUUCCAGCCAAGCUCGUUUUUACACAUCCUCUGGGCAAGAUUGUCCGGAAUCGUGUCCCCACCACAUGCGGCAAGCAUGUGGUCACGAAUUGUCCGAAUAUUUCGUCGUACAUGACCUUCCAUAACACCGGACCCAGGAUAGAACCUUGCGGGACACCUAAGGGUAUGUGAAAGCACAUCCCACCCACCUCCGUGUCGUAAACUAGUACUUGAUUCUGGAAGUAACUUGUACAAGUAUCCGGGUAUCCGCAGAUGCAGAAGCGCAUCGGCAAUAGCCGCGCAACUGUCCCUAUUGAACGCGUUCCUUACAUCCAGAGUCACUACUGCACAGUAUCGAAUUCCCUUCCUCUUACGCUGGAGCGCUAUCUCGGCGGUUAUUGUAACCGACAGGAUAGCGUCUACGGUAGACCUUCCCUUUCGGAAGCCGUACUGGCUAUUCGAGAGACCAUUUACACAUUCGGUGUGCCUCAACAUUCUAUUGAGGAUAAUCUAUCUGAGCACCUUCCCCGCCCUGUCGAUCAAGCAUAUUGGUCUAUAUGCCGAUGGGUUUCCGGGUCGUUUCCUCGCCUUUGGCAUUAGAACCAGGCUCUGCCGCUUCCAAACUUCUGGGAAAACUCCUUCGUCCACUCAUUUCUGCAUAGCAGACCUGAACAUUCCGGGAGCCUCUGUAAUAGCUACUUUUAAGGCCAGGUUCGGAACUCCGUCCGACCCGGGGGCCUUACCUACGCUAAGGGCCUUGGCUAUCCCGACAAGUUCCACAUCGGUGACCCUCUGCUCAUCGCCAGCCCCAGUCCCCGGCUGUCUUAGGAAAGGAGGCCGAGGGCUGUUUAGGAUCAUGACGCGGAAGAUGCCCCUCGAUGAUCCCCUUCAACAUCUCUGAAUAUUGCUCUGUAGGAGCCAUUACACCUCUCGUCUUGACCAUCACGAUCCUGGAGGCAUCACCCCACGGCAUCGCCGCCUAGCCCGUAGGCAGGCGCGACGCAGGUCCGCAAUCGCUUGAGUCCACCAGUAAGCCCGUGGUUUACCAUUACCAUGCCUAGGCAAGCCUAGCUACCAGCUUGUCACCGCUUUAACCAAGUAGGUUUCGCUAACGGCGGAGCACCUCCCUAAAUACCCCUUCUUCGAAGUAUGAUGUCUUCCACCUUCGAGGGCUUGGCCUUUGCCUGGCCGCCUCUUCCUCUACCCGCUGCCUGUUGGUGUUGUAGUCGAUACUGUAGCGAACCGCCAGGUGAUCGCUGUGCAUGAAGCCAUCGUCUACUCUCCAGUUCGAACUACUUGUCAGGCCAGGACUGCAAAAAGUAACGGCAAUAAUCGACGCCGCACCACCGUUCCGACUAAAGGGACUCUUGUUACCAACAAUAGCCAGGUCGACAUCUAGCAUGGCCAGUCUCUCUAGCAGGAUCUGACCCUGCUGGUUCGUGAAAUGGCUUCCCCAGUCUACGGUUCAGGCAUUGAUGUCACCCGCUAUUACUACCGGCCUUCGCCCUGUCCGAACGGUCGCCAUAAAGUUCAGCAUCUGCGUAAACUGCUCGAUCGACCAACGCGGAGGCGCAGAACAGCAGCGUGCUCCUGUCAAGGCCUUUGCAGUCCCAUGACGUAUGUCCUGGUUCCAGACAUCUGAAGCAAAGUUCCCGUGGCUCGUGUAUGGUCAGUGGGCCCAUGGCCUUGGGCAUCCUUACUUUAACGGACUUGUUAGCGACCGCCCUAGGUAGCUGUAUCAUGGCCACCUCUGUCCCUGCCGGGCCUUUCCGUAGCUGAAUGGCUCUGCAGUGGCCACUUUCUCCUCGCACUGUUGCCGCAGUACCAUGACGAGCUCUUCCACGACAGUGAUCUUGCCUAAGUUUAGAAGAGUCGCCUCCGAUCCGAAGGACCUCUUCCGCUAGACACUUGUAGGCAGCGUAUUUGCACAUUUGGUCACGCUUAAGCUAGAGUAUCAAUUCAUCGGUUAACUACGUCAAAUGUUGCAUACAUCGGCUGUCCGUGAGUUUGGCAUCGCUUCUUUUGGCCUUCAAGACCUCUGAGUACUUAGACAUGUCCGUUUCGAUGACAAGGGCCUCGCAGUUUUCUCGUUUGACACCUGUCCUCCUACUUCUUCUUGGCUUAGCGUCCCUUAGUUACUGUUCCUCUUUCUUCCUUUGCCUGUCCACUGGGUCCAUGGUGCGACCUCUCCAUAACCUACCGUAGUAUGUGGCUGCCUAAAUAUUGUCGCAACCCCCUGCUCAUUUCAACCCGGGACAGGUCGAUCGUCCCAGCUUUCCGGGACGCCUGUCCGGGGUCCGACUCACAGGUAGUACUGACCUUCACCUCCGGGGUUAACAGCCUCCUUGCUUUGCGAGCGUCGCCUGCCAGAUUCUCCCUGGACGACUGCCUCGCAUACUUCUACGAUUGAUUUCUUAUGCGAGCAUAUCUGGCGAACUCUUCGUGCUACCCGCGAAUGCGAAGACCUCAGCCUGGGUAGUUUACGGUACAUACAGCUUCGCGGGCUCUACUGCUGCUGCAGUUGUCAUGUGCUUACCAUGCUCUUGCUUGACCACCAUCGUUGACUUACGAAGUCUCAACAAGGCCUGCUUGAGGUCUUUGUUGAUGUUCACAAAGUCAAUGAUGUAGUCAAACCACCGACGAACCGACGUGACAGCUAGAACAAAUAAAUUCAAAUUUGUUGUCCGCGAUGCCAUGAUGAAAUAGCCGAACACUAUCGCCACCUCUAUAACGUCUCGCGAUGAUUUGAUAGCUCGACACCGAACCCCCGUGUGUUCAUAUAGGAAACGGUUCGCGUCUGCGCUGAUUUGACAGAAGCGAUCGCUCGCUUCGGUGGUCGACCGUUAAAUUUGGGGGGGGACACUUUUGAAUCAACACUGUCACGUCGGUUCGUCGGUGGUCAAACUGCUGCGCAGCCACCUCCAUGGCAGAAAGUACGUCCUUGAUCUUAUUGAUGACCCUCAUCAACCACGCUCCAUCCAUCACCUCUCCCGACAGGCUGACCAAGGACGAAAUGAAGGUCGCUACGAUGGCAUUCCACACACAGCUACCUCCUCCUGUUUCUGCUCUGCUUAAAGGAGACCUUGCCAAUCCUCUUCUUGCGAAGCGGUUAUCCUCACCACUACCGCUACAAAAUGGUUUCUGAUUAUCAUUUGAGCUUCUUAUGGAUUCCCAGGAGUAGCACAGGAAAAAGGUCCAUCACAUCACAGCUUUGCAUUAACGCGGUACGGGGAAAAUUACUGUGAAGGAUGUCUAGUUGCUCCACAGGCUCCGUUUGCGAUCGUCGUCGAUCGAGUAUCUUUCUCUCCCUCUCGAGCAUCAUUCCUCAGCACGGGUCGUUUAACACCUUGAAUUGGAGUUACCUUGUUUGGCGGACUGUUCCCGCUGGAAGUCUAUGCAUUCUCUGCUCUCCGAUUUGCUUCGACUUCACGUGACGAUUUGCUCGGGUAGCACAUGAGAUUCGAAGUCGUUGGUUAACCCGGGAGCGGUCGCGUCGUGUACUGAGUACACGCACCAUAAAAAAAGCACGCUUUUGGUACACAGCUUGAGCGUGGCAUCGUUGAGGGUGCCCGAAGACGCGACUGAUCGAGGGUUAACGUUUUUAAGAUGCCGUACUGAGCAUCGACGAUGAGUAAAGGUGCAGAGUUAUACAAGAUUUGUUGCAGAAGCAGCUGUUUUUCAUCAGUUGGAGGACAUCACUUUAAGCAUUAGUUACCUUCGUAUGGAACUUGUUACUUUACCUCAAUAUUGUUGGCUACUUAUUCAGGCGUUACUUCAAUGUUUCAUUUGUUAAUUCACUUUAUUUUAGUAUGAUUCAAGGACCGUUGCUUUUACGACUUAUUCAAACGACUCCAUGGUUGACGGAACACCGGCAAAAGCACCUCUCAUAAACAAAUGAGCUGACCCGAAACAAAAAAAAUGACGAACGUUAUAUUUACGUGCAAAUAUUUCUGUACAUACACGAGACAUUCAGUAACGAAUGAAAAUAUGCCACUUUUGUAUCCCCUCU